GGCACGCUGUUUUUCAAGUGAAGUUGGAGGUUAAAUUUAAAAUGUGUUUAUAGUUGAAACUAAAAGAAAGAAGAGGCGGACAGUUGGCAGUUAGUUAGCUGAAUACAGUCUGUUUCCCAGCGGGUUGCGGAAGUCUCUGCGGACGAUGAGCUGCGGGGCUCUCACCUUCGUGAUGGCCUCAGUGUGCGCGCGUCUGCUCCUGCCAGGUUCCAGAGUUCAUGCACAGGAGACGCCGCCCCGCAUCGUCCACCACCCGGCCGACGUGGUGGUGAAAGUGGGGAAUCCCGCCACGCUCUCCUGCCGGGCCGAUGGCAGCCCCAAGCCGACCAUCGAGUGGCUGCGCAACGGCCGGCCUCUGGAGAAGGGAGACGGACAGCUGCAGCCCAUCGUCUUAUCGGAGGGGAGCAUCUUCUUCUUGAGCGUGGGGGGGGGCAAGCGUGGUCAGUCGCACGAGGGCGUCUACACCUGUGUGGCCCGGAGCAGCGCCGGCAAGGCCACCAGCCGCAAUGCAUCACUGUACAUCGCAGUGUUGCAGGAGGAGUUCAGUUUGCAGCCCAGUGACGUGGAGGUGGCAGAGGGGGAGGUGGCGGUCUUGAACUGUGGCCCCCCCAUUGGACACCCUGAGCCCAAUGUCAUCUGGAAGAAGAAUGGCCUGGCCAUCGACAACACCGAUCACCACUACACUGAGCUGAGUGGGAAGCUCAUCAUCGCUCCGGCAGAGAAGAAGCACUCGGGUGCCUACGUGUGCGUGGCCAGCAACACCGGGGGAGUGAGGGAGAGCAGGGCGGCUCGCCUCUCCGUGCUGGCCAAGCCGGCGUUGGUGCUGAAGCCGGACGACGUGUCUGUGAGAACGGGGGAGUCUGCCCAGUUCUACUGCCAGGCUAAAGGGGACCCCCCGCCUGCUGUGGCGUGGAGCCGAGAGCAGGGGCCACUGCCCAACGGCAGGUAUCUUGUAAACCCGGACCACACUCUGCAGAUCCACUACGUGACAGCCCAGGAUGCUGGGAAGUACACCUGCACCGCUGUCAAUGAUGCAGGUGUGGUCACCGGCAGCGCUCAGCUCCUAGUUGAAGAGGCUACUAGCACUCAACAGAGAGACCUCCACAAAGAGCUGUCAGCACUGCGAGUUGCUCUGGAAAACGUCACCAUCGUGGCCCCUGGGUCCAACAUAUCGCGAGUACAAUGGAAGCUCCAGUCCCUUACGGACCAGCCGCACUACCUCGACGGCUUUGAGGUGCUCUAUCGCUCUCUGCUGCCUGCCAGCUCCGACUGGGCAGCCAAGAGGGUGGCUCUGCCCAGCUUCCAGGCUCCAGUGGGCCCCCUGAAGAGGGGCUACAAGUACGAGUUUAAAGUCCGGCCCUAUGGCAGCAACCUGUACGGGAGGGAGAGCAACACCCGGCACCUCAGGGUCCCCGAGACGGUGCCCAGUGCCCCUCCAAUGGCUGUGUCCAUAACAGUGAGCCACGAGCAGAAUGACACCAUCCAUUUGAGCUGGGGGCCUCCCCCUCAUGAAACCCACAACGGUCUCAUACAGGGAUACCAGGUGUUUUGUGUGGAGUCUGAGGAACAGCAGUACCAGAACUGGACAGUGGACAGCGGCCAACACAACCUGGACAUCUCCACCCUGAAACCAGGGAGACGGUAUUGGAUCUCCAUAGCAGCUGUCAACGGGGCUGGAGUGGGAAUGCUGAGCGACCCUCAUGGAUUUGUCAUCAACCCACAAAUAGGCGGUGCCCCCGGGUCAGACGUCCAAAGACAGGAUCUGUCCAGGGUCCUGGCCCUGCUUCAGGACCCAGUGUUGAUCGGAAGCAUCGCCGCCCUCCUGUGGAGCGUUCUGAUGGUGGCGGCUGUCUUCCUCUUCAGACGCCACAACAGGACAAGCCACCUGAUACCAGGACGGGGCCGGGCCAAAGGUUUGCGCAGACUAGCCAGUGAAGACCUCAUCAUAAAGCACAGGAUGGCAGCUCCAGACUCCCCCUGGAUCUCUGGAGGCUGGAGACCUGCCUUCAACCAGAAGUAUCAGGACCUCUGGGCCCACGGUCAGAAGCAUCCAGGACUCAGGGGCACCAGCCUCCCGACCUCCUGGAAGGACCUGGGCCGCGUGGACUCGGCCGUCCCCAUUGUGACCGACAGCUGCGGCGUUUACGGCACGUUCUACAUGGACCUGAUGGGCAGCGGCCUCAAGACCUUCAACAGUCCCAGGUGUGGCCCCAAGAUGUCUCACGGGCCGCCCCACCAGCAGGGAGCCGAGACCAUCCAGAUAUUCCCUCAGCCUGUCGGCAAGACCCCGCCCCUCGGCAGCGUGGAGGCGCUGCCGUGGAAACAGGCCAUAAGACCCCAGCCCAAGAUGGGUGUGCUGAGGGAGUCGUGGGAUAAAAGCCACAGCAAGCAAGAGUUGCAUGCCGUGAACAGCGUCCCCAUCGUGCCAACCAGGAGCCAGGCGUGUUCCUCCAGGCUCUACAAGCAGAGACUCAGUCACGUCCCGUCAGGCCGGCACGAGUGUGAUCAAGUGGCCGGCUGCCCUCGCCUGCUGCAUUACUCUGCAUCACUACACCUAGUGGACAUGCUGCCCCCCCCACCACCUCUGCCCAUGGAGGACACACACAGUUUCUCCUCAGAUGAAGGCUCCAGUCGGUCGACGGGGCUCACGGGGGUCAUGAGCUCUCUCCCGUCGGUCUGUGCCGUGUCGGGUCGCCGUGGGCAACCGCGAGCCGCCGCCCACAGCUGCUCCUCCUGCAGCCCCCCGUCCACUCGCUCCUACUCCUCGUCCGUGGACGGAGAACAGGGCGGCACGCUGACGGCACAGGAAGCCGCCGUGUAUCUGGAGCUGAGCCCCAAACCUGAGAGAUGCAGCAGCGCCUUGCCGGAGCAGCACCCCUCGCUGCCUCACCCCUUCUCCCCCAGCCUGGGCUACACCUGCGGCCCGGUCCAGUCCGACGGCGACCCCGCUGGCGGUGAGCCCGAGUACCCGCCGAUCGGCUCGCGGCGCGCCCGCCUCCAGAGCACGCCCUCCUCCUGCUUCAGCGAAUGGGACAGCCAGCUGUGGAACACGUGGAGCUCCGUCACCGACAGCAACAUGGCCAGCGCUCGCUCCAGCCUCAUCAGCUCGGUGGACAGCUGCUCCACCAACGACAGCGCUCACCUCCACCACCACGCUCACCUCGCCCGCCUGCUGGCGGCGGCGAGGGCGGCGGAGACCGCGAGCGGAGCCUCUCUGUCAGACUUCUCCCCGCCAGCCUCCCCCCUCAGCGCCUCGUACCCGUCGUUCCGUGCGGAGGGCAACUCGCUCGGCGAGCUGGAGCCGGUUCCCGCGUGGGACUGGAGCUCGGCCUGGGUGGAGGACAUGGAGGCUCGGUGCAGAGCCCACUAUCCUGGCGGGGAAUACUGACGACUUCAGAAACGCAAGAUAGGCGGGACUCUUUCAUCUUUUGGUGAUGGAAUUUGUGGGAUUAUCUGGAUGUGAAAUAUAAUUGUAGCCAGCUCCUUGAUGUCUGAGACACGUCCGAAUUAGUUCCCCCAGUUUACCUCGGGGCAGUCCGGCUGCUGUUUUACACCCUUCAAAUGACUUCCAUCCAGUCUCUAAAGUUCCCAUUCCUCUCGACUCAUUAGAGAAUAGGAUAAUGAGAGACUUCCCUCGGGUUUUGAAAAAUGCCACAAAGACACUGACAGGAUGCGAGAUGAGGAGAGAGCCGUCGUUAGGGGAGAGGAAAAGCAGCGCUGGAGCUUUCCUCAGACACACGCUUGUUUCUUAUUUUCACGUUUUAUUUCCGACCAAACAGAGCGCAGCACGGCGAUUUUGUACAGACUGUUUUUACUGAUCAAGUGUAUAUAUUCAGCACAUUCAACAAAUGUUAUUUAAAGAAUUUAAUAUCCCAUUGCAAAUCUUUUGCUGCCUUUCCAGAUUAUUUUGGUUGCUUUCUUUUAUAUGUAAGACAGUUUUUUACUUGAUACACCCUGUCCACUUUUGUAUGUUUGUAUCAGACACAAUAUGCUGUAGUUCAUUGUAGCAAAAGUAGAAGAAAGUUAUUGUUUAAAAGUUCUUUGUUCACAAUUAAUCGAGCUAACUUGAGGUUUUACCUUAAAAUAACUUUUUAGGGAGCAUUCAACAACAGAUAUUGUACAAGUUAUUAGUCUUUGCAUAUAAAUUGACUAAUGAUGGUAGAUUCACAGUUUUAAAUUUUUAAGAAUUUGUGUUUUGUUCACAUCACAGAUGUAUUAUAUAGUUUUGAAGAAGAUUUUUGAAUUGAUUGAAGGUUUACAUUUUGUAAGGACUUUCUGAUUUAGAAGCUGUGAAAUAAAAGUUUCUGUUCUAAGUUCCAUGUUACUUGUUACUUGUUCCAAGUUCCAUGUUCCAUGUCGUCUGCAACGAUGUUUGACUGAAGCGGAACUUUUGACAUGAUGUUUUCUUUUAUGUUGUAAUUAAAACCACUUUCAUUACA